AUGAAUGAAUUAAAACUUCUUGAAAGAAUGCCAGCUAGAAAAACAAAUAUCAAAAUGAAUUUUGUUAUAAAUGGUGUAUUCUCAUUUCCUGAAGAAUGGAGAUUAACUGAUGAAGCUAAUCCAAAUUUAUUUUAAUACUCAGUUGCAUUUCUUGAUUAAAAAUUAUCAGGAGGGAAAAUAAUUCCAAGAGAAUUAACAGAUAAAGAGAAAAGAGAAAUUGAAGAAGCUGAAGCUGCAAAGAAAGCAAAGAAGUAACCAAAAAAAGAUGCAAAAAUUGAAGUAAUAAUAAUGAAUAUUAUUAGUUACCUAAAUUGACACCAGAAGAAGAGAAAGAAAAGAAUCUAAGAGAAUAAUAAGAACUCGAAGAAUAAUAAAGACUUAAAGCUGAAUGGGAUGCUCUAUCUGAACAGGAAUAAUUUUAUAGGACUUAGGAAGACCAAUACAAAAGUGCAAGCAUAAAAUUUGAUUAGAAUUAGUUUUGUUAAGAGUUAACAGGAUAAAAAUUAGUGAUAUAAUAAGAAAGAGUAAGAGUAGAUAAAGGAGAAUGGAUAUUUUUAUAUAAAUCUCCAAUUCCAGGAGAUGAAGAAGUAGCAAAAUUGAAGAAAACAAAACCUAAGAGUUUAAAUAUAAAUGAUUUAAAUAUCAUAGUAUUCAAAGCUUGGAUAGAUUAUUUACCAUUUUAAAUUUCAGGUUAAACUGAAAUUAUUUAAAGGAUAAAAUUUACUUAAUAUAUGGAUGAAUAAUCUCCUGCAGAAACACCUAAACCAAAUAUUGAUACAAUGUAUAUGUAAUUAAAAAUAAACUUAUCUUAUCCAAUAACUCCAGUUAGAUUUGAACCAUAACCAACAUUUUAAGAUUUGAUUCCUUUAGCACCUGAACCUUAACCUAUACCAUUAAGUUAAUUAUGUAUUGAAGAAUUAAGAAAUGAUUUAUAAGUCAUCAUAGAAUCUUUAGCUAUGGAAUAUUCUAAUAUGUUUUCAAAAGAUCUAAACAAAUAUCAAAAUGAAAAGUAAAGUAAUAUGCUAAUGACUCAUAAAAAAUAAUCUCUUUAAUAAAGAAAAGAACAUUUUUUAUAUGAUUUCAAUAUUACAGGGAAAUACAAAAUUUUAAAAGAAAGAAUAAAAAAAAGUAUUGUCAAAUUAUGUAGAGAUAAAUUUGGAAAAUCAGGUUCAGUAACAGGUAUUUCAACUACAUAAUCUGAUUAAUUUUAUUCAGAAUUAUAUGUAUUUCUAAUGGAAGAAAUGAGAUAAGUUUUAAUUAAUAUGGUAAGAGAAAAUAAAGAAGCUUUAUAAGAAGAUUUCUCUCAUUUACUAUCCAAAAAAAAAACAAUUUAAGAUAUUGGUUUUUAAGAAAUAAUAGUUGAAAAAACCAAUGAAACAAGAAAACAAUAACUUGAAAGAUUAUGUUUAGAAUAUGAAAUUUUAAAUAGAACAGAAGAAGUUGAAAAACAUCUUCGAGAUUUAAAUUUAAUUAAUCCAAAAGAUUAAGAUGCUUUAAUGAAAUUUGCUUACUUUUGUCUUAGAUGUGAAAAAAUAGAAUAGGCAGUUAUUCUUGUUGAAUAAGCACUUUCUUUUGAUGGUCAUAAUUAAUAAAAUCAAUUAUUAUUAGCAGGAUUGUAUUAAAAAAGAGAGAAAAUUUCAGAAGCUAAAUUUAUUUUAGAAUUAUUAUUAGAUAAAGACCCAAAUAAUUUAAUUUAUCAUUUAUUUUAUAGUCUUAUAAUAAAUUAAUCAGAUUAAGAACUAGGUGAUUUUAUGAUGAAAAAAGCAGAAAGAAUUUGGCUUCGAUAAAUAAAUCUAAUAAAAUAGGAAGGUACGCAUCAUGAUGAUCCAUAAUUAUUUGAUAUACCUUGGAUAAAAAUUCCUAUUCCAGUACCAGAUAAACCUGAGAAAGAUAAAGCUAUUCUUGAAUAAAGAGAAUAAUAAAGAAUUGCUUGGGAAAAUGCUCAUAAUUAACCAUAGUUAAGCGAAUAAUAAUAUGAUUAGAUGAUUCUAUAAUUAGUUGAAUUCUUUGAGAAUGCUUCCCUCUAUGAAUUAGCUGAAUAAUCUCUAACUUUAUUGAAUGAUAAAUCUCAUAAUAAAAUUGCUAUGCUAAGAGCCAAAAUAUUUUUAUAUAAAUCAGAAUAUUCUUAAUGUUUAGAUUUAAUAGAAAAUAUUCUAGGUAUUAUUCUAUUCUAUUUUAAGAGUUUAAUCCUGAAGAUUUAGGAACUCGUAUUGAAUAUAUAAAAGUAUUAUUUAAGAGUUCAUCUUUUGAAAAGUGUGAGAAAUAGAUCAAAUUUGUACUACCAAAUCCUUAAUUGAGAGAAGAUGCUAUUACCUAUUUCAGUAUGUAUUUGAUGUUAGGAUCAAUUUAUAUUUAAGAGUAACAAUUUGGUAAUGCUCGUGCUGUAUUUACUAAGGCUUGUCAAAUUAAAGAAAAUUCAUCAUUAGCUUGGAUGGGAUUAGGAAUUUCUUCACAUGAAUGUGGUAAAUAUAAAGAAGCAGAAAAUGCUUUAAGAAUGGCUAAUCUUUAUGAACCAACUAAUGAUACAGUUUGGGGUUAUAUUGCAUUAAAUUGUUUAAAAGAUGGUCAAAGAUUUAGAGAUGCUAAUUCUGCUUUAAAAGAAAUGAAUAAAAAUGAUGUAUCAUAUAUCAAAAUAUUUGAAUAGGCUGGUUAAGUACAUUUAAUGGUUCGUUUAAGCAAAGAAUUUUAUAAUAUUGAGGAAUAUUUGACAGCUAAAGAAUUGUUAUAAAAAGCUAUUAGUUGGGCUAAAGUUUAAGAUUUACUUUCAGAUGAAAUUAAUUAAUUUGAGAUUCAAUUAGCAGAGACAAAUGAAAAACUUGGAUUGCUUCAAUAAGCUCUAGAUAUUUAUUAAGAAAUACUAAAAGGAGAGUAUGGAUCUUUAAAAGAACACUUAUCAUAAUAAAUAAAAAGACUUUAUUUCCAAAUCAAUAUAAAAUAUUGA